AUGUCCGGGGCCUCUAAGGGAAGCGAGAGCGUCAAGACCCCCGUCUGGAGACUCCAGAGGUCUCCCGUGGAGAGCGUCAAGCCCCCCGUCCAGAGGUCUCCGGUAUCCAUCUCGUGGGAGCAGUCGCUAGUGGAGGCUGCGACGGCGAUAUACGAGGGCAGAGUAGACGUGGCUUCGGAGAUCCUAACGCACUUGUCUGCCGGGCCGAACCCCAUGGGUAAUUCAGAGCAGAAAUUGAUGGGAUACAUGUUGUCUGCGCUUAAAUCGCGCGUGAACCCAGUCGAUUACCCCCCUCCCGUGGCGGAGUUGUUCACCGAGGAACAUCUGUUGUCGGUUCGGUCACUUUACGAUGUGUCUCCUUGUUUCUGGCUCGGUUUCAGGGCUGCCAAUCUCGCGAUUUUGGAGGCUGCGUCGGAGCAACCCUCCACUAACAAGCUCCAUGUAAUUGAUUUCGCUAUUGGUCGAAAGGAACAGUACGACUCUCUCCUUUACGAGCUGUCCAUGCGUCAGGCGGGCAAUCAAUUCACACUCAACAUCACGACGCUCGCAGAUAGCAUCAUCGGUGCGGAGAGGCUCAGGAUGAUUGGGGAUCGACUGAGUAAAGUCGCGGCGGUGAUGGGAGUUAGGUUAGUAUUCAACAUCGUGAGCCAGAAGCUGAGCGAGUUGAGCCGCGACUCGCUGGGCUGCGAGCCCGAUGAGGUGCUGGCGGUGAACUUGGCGUUCAAGCUGUACAGAAUGCCGGACGAGAGGGUGUCCGCUAAGAACACGCGCGACGAGCUCCUCCGUCGCGUGAAGGGGCUGGCGCCGCAGGUGGUGACGCUGGUGGAGCAGGAGAUGAACGGGAACACGGCGCCAUUCCCGAUGCGUGUGGGGGAGGCGCUGGCGUACUACAGGGCGCUGCUCGAGUCGUUGGAGUCUAAAUUUGUUAGGUACGACUCGGAGCGAGCGACGAGGGCGGAGGAGGGGCUGAGUCGGAAAUUGGUGAACUUGGUUGCUUGCGAAGGUAGGGACCGGGUUGAAAGAUGCGAGGUGUUCGGGGAGUGGAGGGACCGCAUGGGGAUGGCUGGCUUCGAGUUGAAGUCAGUGGGUCGAGUUGUGGCCAAAUAUUUGGAGGCGGGGUUCGCUUUUCCCCUUCAGGAGGGAUUCACAGUGAAAGAAGAGAACGGUGUGGUUUGCUUCGGCUGGCUCGGCCGAACUAUCACCGUCGCAUCUGCUUGGCAUUAA